AUGUCUUAUCUUCAUAUAAUGGUAAGUACGAGCGAAGUUUAAGGCGGUAUCAUGCUCACGCAUGUUUAAGCUUAAUUCAUUUUAUAGAUCGAUAAUGUACCCUUGAAAAAACUUGCAAGAAGCUUAAGCUUGCAUCACAUAGUUGCCCAGAAAGUUAAUUUCUCGGUUUUAUACGUUCCCUUGACCUGAAAGCGCCUUAAACAGAGGUGUUUUACUUAAGUUAUUUUAAUCUCCUCUUUUGGAAAAUGAAGCUUAUAACUGUACAUGAAAUAUGCAUUAUCAUGAAAAAAUCGUCCUUCACAAUCUUCCAACCCUUCGCGUUUGCAGAUGAAUCAUUUACUAUCAAAUUCAGAUCUUCAUGCGGAUUUCAUUUAUAUUAAUUUAGAGGAAAACUGCACUGUUUCCGUAUCAUAAUCGAAGGUCAAGUCAACUGAUAUCGGUGGUGUAUAGUACUAAUUUGCUGAGUUUGCUUUAGUUCGUACAGUUUGCUUUCGUUACUUGAAGGAGACCGUAUAGCCUUAUAGAGGAAAAACUGAACUCAAUACAUGGGCAAAAUGAGGAGUUUAUGCAAUAACAUGACGAAUGUAGACGCCUAAUGUAGAAUGUAGAACAAGAAAAAAAACAUGAAUCUGUUUUAGUUAUUUUCUGUAUUAUUCUCGCUUGAGGCUAUGGUAAAUUGCCUAAAAUAAAAUUAACCCAUUCGCCCCUGAACCACCCGUAACCGCCCGUGCGGAUCCACGUCCUUUCUACCCUUUGUGACAUCAUCAGUUUUAACGAUCAAGGACAACUUUGUCCGCUAACUUGUGCAGAGUGAAGAGAUCUUUCAAACCAUACCAGAAUGAGCACAAUUCAGUAAAGGACACCGGAGAAAGAGGCAAAAAACCAUGUAACGUUGACCUGAAAAUCUCCAUGAAAAUCUUGUUCCAUUGCUCACCUACCCUUCCUUUCACCUAAUCCUAAGAUCCUAAAAGCUUUCCUAAAAACUAUUCCCACCAAAAUGAAGCCUACUAAAUGCCCAGCAAGAGAAAAAAAAAAUGAGGCAAGAAAAGCGAAAAAAGAGGGGAGGAGAGAAAGCAAAAAGUAAAAGUCAAGACUGCUUGUCGUGUCACUUUUAAACCCAAAAACUAUCUCGCAAUUUUGCUCUCUGCGCAUGCCCGAACUUUGCAAGCUGAUAUUUUGCAUCUGAAUCAGAGGGCUGUGAAGUGUAUGACCUGUAAACCGGUUUGUGGUAAGUUUUAGCUCUUUAUAGCAGGACAGUGACUAGAAAACCACUCGAGUAUCUUCAAAACGCGUUUUUCGACACAAUCUCCAGGAGCGAAUGGGUUAAAAAAAAUACAAAAAAAUGUCCUUACUGCGAAAUUUAUAGUUUGUGGCUAAAAGAUGUUCUCAGAAAUGACCAGUAUUUGCACUUCAUUCGUUCUUUGUUGUCGAACAUAUGACAUUAUUUUUUUGUCGUUUUCAACUUGUCAUUUUGCUCGCACACGUACUCGUUUUUCUCCUGACCCCGGUCGUUCAAACGUUGGAUAGCGCUAUCCAUCGGAUAAAUCACUAUCCAGUGGAUAGGUAUUAAGGAAACCAAUAAUUGGUUUCCUUAAUUAUUGCGUUAUCCACUGGACAGAUUUUUAUCUGGUGGAUAGCGCUAUCCAACGUUUGAACAACCAGGACCAGAGCUUUAGAGUGACAGUCCCCCAAAAGUAAUGAAAUUUGUACAUUUUCAGUCAUUACUGAUGUUUAUCUCCUCAGGUAAAGCUAAUAUUUAUUUCCUUUACGAAAGGUUACUAGGUUAUAAUUGGCUAGAUUUUUUACUCUAAUUUUGAUGUUAUGGCUUUGCCCAAGACAACAGACAAAAGAUAAUAUUUUAUUUGGGGUCUUAUACCAGCUGGUACUUCAACGGUUUUCCAAACAAUCUUCUAUCAUAAUGUUAGGCCACCUAUUACACUAUACAUAUCAAGGUAUUAUAAAUAGCUCCGAAUACAACCAAUCCACACCCCCACCCCCAGCCUUGCUACCUCACCAGGCCACCCCUAUUUUAGACUUCAUCUUGCUGUUGGGUUAAGUACAAAGAGUUGACCUGAACACAUGUACUGUAAUACUGGUCCAUUUGUGGACUCAGCAGAAACUGAUCCAAAACUUUCUGAUGACAUUUAUGCUCUCCAAUCCCUUUUUGCUGAUUAAAACAGUUGCAAGUUCCUUGCCCAAAAUUCCAGUUAUAUAUAUGAUAAAGUUUAUUUAGUCAUUUGAAAAUCCAUCCACAGGGAUUUGAAGAAUAUGAACCUGACUCUGCUCAUCACAGGUUUCGGAGAAAUGUUUAUGCCAUGUCUGGUAGGUUUCGCCCAUGUCAGUUGUUUGUGUAUGGCAUAUUUCAAAUCUUAGCUUAUCUGACUCUCAGUUCAGCCACACCACAUCCAUUUCUGUUGGAAAUUGUCCACACAUAGUAUGAACUAAGCAAAGAAAUAAGACUUUCCCUGGAAUUUUCUGGUCAACUUAUACCUGUUUAUGGGGGUUUUCUUGUCUGGCCUGUUCUACUUUUUUCCCUCUACACAUAGUUUAAAGUAAAGAACAGAAAUCCCAAAACAAACUGGCUCUCUUUUUCCUAAGCUCUUUGUUAGCUCUAUCUCAGCUCUCUAAUAAAUAAUUUAUUAAUUUGCUAUAGUGCCUUUUUAACGUAAAAGUGAUCAAAAGCACUUUGCUUUGUCUAUGUAUUAGUUAAAACUAGAUCUAUGAUAGAUAUAACCAAUUAAAAGGGUAAAAAUACAAAUCAUAAAAAACAACAUAAAUUAAAUGAAAAAGUUAAAAAAAAUAUUUUAAAACUAUGUAAAAGCUAAUCUGAAAAAAGUCUUGACAAGUCUCUUUAAAAGCGGCUAAUGAUUGGAUAUCACGGAUAUGCGCCGGAAGGCUGUUCCAGAAUUUAGGGGUUAGAAAACGAUCUAGUGCCUAAAGUUGCUAGCAUGCAACCCUUAGGAAACAGCUCUCCUGGCUUUAUGAAUGGAUAAAAAAUCUAUGAACACAUUACAGUGUGGACACUCGAACUGGGACACCUGGAAAAAGAUUGUCUAAAUCAAGAUGUUUUCUGAAAACAAAGGAUUCUCAAUAUAUGUACGUUUUUUGCAAAACUUAAAAGCAUUUGAACUUACUUGACUUACUCUGAAAACAUGUCUCAAAUUUAUGAAAUUUUAUUGGCUCAUUUCCAAACAAACUUGGGAAUCAUUUGUUUUCACAAAACAUUGUGAUUGGACAAUCUUCCAUGUAUCCUGGCUUGACUGUCUGCGCUGUAAUAUUACAAAUGAAAGUUCUGCCAGCUUAGUUUUCUUGAUUGUCAAGAAAACUAAGCUGGCAGAACUUUCAUGAUAUUACUUCUAUGAAUACUCAGAUUCAAAUAGCUUAUUGGCAACUACCAAAAAAGGAUACAACUUUGAAAAUAUAAUGAAUUCAUUAUUAGAAUCCAUGUGGUUACUCUUAACCUGGUUUUACUAUAAAGAGCAAAAAAUAAUGACAGUAGAGAAAUAUGUUUUUUCUGAUGUUUUUUUCAUGUUUCUUCUUCACAGAUAAACCUCAACCUUCAUCAGAGUACCCUGUUGUGCUGUUCUCUGGCACAGAUUAUGACAGCAUCUCAAGUAAUGGUUAUUACACACGACUGAAAGAGGAUGAGUACAUUGUGUGGGGAAGAACUGUGGCUGAUGCGAAACGGGACUUUCGUUAUCGAUCAUUGAUAGUUAUGCCUGGAAGGCAGCUUAGGUUUAAAGGUACAGUACAUUGCAGUAGCGCCUUAGUGCAGGCACCUUUUUAGUUCACAACACGAUCUUCUCCAACAAGUGUUUAUAGAGGAGGAUUGGUUUGAUGUCAAACUGAAAGAAUAUCUUCAAAGAGGCAGCGUACAUACAAGUCAUGAAAGACCAGUAAAGUGAUGAAAUUUAAGAAUUGUUUCAUUUUCCAGGCCUGUAAAUUCAUGGAAUUUUACUUCAAUCCUGGACAGUCAUGGAAAAUUAAAGUUAUGUUUGAAGGAUUACAGUAGUUACUGCAGAUGUCAAACUAAGGACAACAAUAGAUAGACAAAAGUAAUAAUAUUAAUAACAAAGCAGGAAUAGUAUGCAUUUUAGUGGACACCAGAAUUAGUGUCUGUUGAACUGGGUCAGGUGAAAAAUACCUUUAAACAAGGAGAAAGUUUUUUACAUGCUUAACAUAGAAGGUCAUAGAAAACUUGGAAAUUCAUAGGAUAUGAAGUGCUUAAAAGAGUAUGAACCCUUAAGAAUGGUGACAUUAUGGUGGAUUCCAGGGAAGGCCAAACUAUUCAUGAGCACCAUUCACCAUUGAACUUCAUACAAAUGUCAAUUGAAUAUUCAGCCAUGUUAGGCUAUCACAUAUGAAAAAUUAAAUAGGAAGCUCAUCAGCAAUAAUAUUUAUUUUUUAUUACCAUUUUGAAGUUUCUUCAAGACAUCCAAUUAUAUGGAUGAAAAAACUUCUUAGUUGUGGGCAAAAUUUAUGAAUCAAGCAAACAUGAAACAAGUAUUCUAAGACAUUUGUGUAUGUUAGCUUUCAUUUGUCAAGUUAACUGAAAAUAAUUAAAACAACAUUUAAAGGCAACUUGAAAGUUGGUUCAAGCAUUGAGUCGACCGAUCUUGUCAUGGUAUGAUGGCAAUAAAACAUUAAACCAAAUGUCUGUGAGAUUUCCCUCCUAGCAGAGGUCUCUCACAGCAACCGAGAAGAAGGAGAGGAAAGAGAUAGACCUCUGCGCAGGCCUCCAAUGCAUUUUCUAUCACUGAUGCACUAGUGUUUUCAAAACCAGUACUGAAGUUUUGGCCACAAAUGUGGUCAAUUUGGCAGCUACAUGAAUGGUCGCGUCAGUGGCUAGUAGUGGUCUUUCUUUUCUGUCAUUUUUUUCUUGCUGUGAGAGACCUCUGCUAGCAGGGAACUGUUACAUCUGAUGCAGGGCUAAGAUUUCAAGUUGCCAGGUACACAUCAGGAAGGGGUAAAUCUCCCAUCAGCUAGGGAUUUCCUUAGGUUCUUUUUUCUACUUUUUUCAUGAAAGUAGCCAGGAGUUACCUUCAUAAUCACCGGAGGAAAUCUCUGGCACCAGUCCCUUAAUGACAGCCUUGUGAUGCUAGAAAAAAUGGUUUAAAAAGGAGUCAAAUCAAUUAAUAAUUAUUAUGUCCUUAAAUUAUUAUUUCUUACUUUUAUUACACAUGUAGGUGCCUUUACAAGUGGAAACAAAUUUUUGUCCUCCAUUAACAACAUUACUAACAUUAGCAAUGUUCACUUGUGGAUGUUUGAUAACCAAGAUGUUGGUGGAUCCUCAGGGAUCUGGUAUACACAGUGGCUUCACUGGGAGAUGGGGUUUGCCGUUAAGGUGGAGCCAUGCUCAAAUUGUUCAGCCCCAGACUGUGGGGGAAGAACUUGUUAUUUUGGCACUUGUGGUGCUGAUAGAAACUGCCAAUGCAUAAGGGGAUACUCAGGAACCAACUGUACAAACAGUAAGUUCACUAAAUUGAUAUAAUAUGUUGUUACAGGGUUCAUACAGGUCAUGGAAAACCUGGAAAGUCAUUAAAUUUAACAUUUUUAAUUGUCGUUCCUGGAAAGUUUUGAAAAAUUUUAGUUAUGAUAAUGUUACUUUGGUAGAUUAAUGAUGCUAAAGCAACGGCAAUGUGAGAUACGACAAGUACAUGUCAUUAAACAAUGUGAACGGCGCACAAUUUGGUGGACAUAAGAGUUUUUGUUGAACUGAGUUAGGUCUCACUUUUGAAAAUUUUUGAAAGUGAGAGCUUAUAAUAAUAAAUUUAUUAAUAAAUUUAUUAAAGUUGAGGUCAUGGAAAAGUUGUUGACAAAUGUCAUGGAAAAGUCAUGGUAAUUCAUGGAAUUUGAAGAGUUAAAAAAAUAAACCCUGCGUUAGGUUUUGUGCAUUUCCAUGCCCUUACUGCUAUUUAGUUAUUGUCCAUCAUAAUUAUUGUUUUCACUGGCAUAAUCGCCCAAGAACAGUCACUUUGCAAAAAUGAUGAUGGUAGUAUCAUCUUAACCUUGGACAGUGUUUACAGAGGUACAAUAAAUCUGCUUAAUACUGUAGCCUCCCACAUACAGUACAGGCUUCCCUGUGGUGCAGACGGACGGGUGUACAGUGAUUGUGGGUGUAUGUGAUUACCAAAAUUUCUUGUAUUGAUAGAUUACUUAUGAAAUUUUCUUAGGCAUGGGGCUCUGUUUGUUCAUGCAAAGCGCAUGCUACCGCACACCUUGCUACCUAAUGAUAAAUCAUCAUUACAAAGAUUUUCAAUGCAUAAAUAAUAUUUUAAGGACUCCAGUUGACUGUGUGUAAAGAUACCGGUAGCUUUAUUUAGUAUAUCGUAAAUGCAGACGAAAUUACAACAUGGUCAAUAGUGCAAAAAGUACUUGGUUUUCAAUAAAAAAGAACCAAGAUGUUGUUUUCCUUCUGUAUAAAGUAAGUUUUAACAAAAUCUUAAGAUACUUACCUCAUCUAAUAAUUAUUGCAUUAAUAUAUCUUUGACUGACUUUUUUUAACAGGACCAUCAGACUUCAGUAUGUACCCAUCAAUUCAAUACCCACUUAUCCUGUUUCCAAAUGCAUACUAUGCAGGAACUCCAAAGAAAGUUGCACCAGACACAUUCGAAGUUUUUGCUCAAAACAGCCAAAGCCAGCUUGUGUAUUCAUACAAAUCCAUGCGUGUUCUGUUUAGAAGGAAGGUCACCUUCUCACGUGUUGACCACAACCAGAAUUACGAGAUUCCCAUUGGUGGAGACAUAGAAGAUAUUUCCUCCUUCAUGACCAUGAAUGAAGAAAUUGGAGAUGAUUUGUGGAUAAACUUUUCACCUGCAAUUGACCUUAGCUUUGCUGUAAAAGUGGAAGACAUUCCUGCCUGUACUAACUGUAAUGAAACUGGGGGUUCUUGUUUUACUGGCAGUUGUGUUUGUCUUCCUGGCUAUACUGGAGUCAACUGCGAUAGCUAUAUCUGAUCAUAAGUGCCUUACAGGAGUGCACGAUCAGAAUGUCACAUGUAAUUAUUAAUUAAACUGCUUAAUCAAAUACCAUAAAUUGGACAACAGUCAUGUUGUUUUCAGAUUUACAGUAGAGGAACUUUCCACAACGUUGUUGUUUUUAGUUUUACCAAAAUUUGACUAAAAUUCUCAUUUUCUCUUCAUUCUCUACAUUUUUGUACAUUAUUUUUUAUUUCCAAGUUUCCUUUUGCCAGGUUUUUAUAGCAUUGUUUUUUAAGGUUCUUUUCUUAUCACAAAAGUAAAAAUAAAAGAAAAGAAGCAUCACUUUCAAAUUGUAGACACAGAGUUUUUUUAGCUUGCUUGGAUAAUUUUUAUUUUUGUAUUCUAAAUAUUAUGGGUGAACAGAAUGCAAUAAUUGAAGUAGCUUAAUGUGGCAUUUUUUUUAGUAGACAGUCGUGAAGCAAAGGUUAAUAACCUAUACUGCAGUUUCAGACACCUCUUAAUAUCGGUUUUGUACAGCAUUCAACUCAUGCAUGUAAAAAUAUUUAUUUAUGGUGUAUACUUUAUAAAUGCACAUGGUUGUAAAUACACAUUUUUGUACGUCAUGUUUUACUGUCUAGUGGAAAAGAAAAAGUUUCUUUGUACCAUUUUAAUAAAAUUAAUGUUUUCAGUU